UCAAAAUGGGCUCCGAUAAAACCUAACUCUGUUCUGUCGGGACCCGAAUCCCCGGUCCGUGAGGGGGAGAGAGAGAGCGGCGGGAGCAGCUAUGGUACUGAGGUCGGCGGCGAAGAAAGCGGCGGCGGAGAGUCCGAAGAGGUUAGCGAGCCUAAUCGAUCUCGCAAAUCUCCCUUCUACGCUCAGAGAUUUUGUGGGGCACUCUCAAAUCUCCCGACUCGGUUGCUUCAUCCGCGUUUGGUCUUAUAUCAAGGAACACAAUCUUCAGGAUUCUGGUGAUAUGAAUAUAGUCAAUUGUGAUGACAAACUAAAGAGAAUAUUGCUGGGAAAAGAUCAAGUUAAACUUUCAGAACUUCCAACUCUCAUCAAACUGCAUUUCCCAAAACAGCCAAAAUGAUUAGUCCCAACUUCCCACGCUCUGAUGUGGGACAAUUUGGGUGAAGUUCGUUUCUUAUUUACAUAAGCUAUGGUAAUUGCACUGUUGCUUAACUGAAUUGCCCCAAUGCUUAGAAAUUUAGGGGUUGAAAAGAACUAGAAACUUGCAGUAUCACCAUGUUAUUUAUCAUGAACAGUAAAAAUUCUUUCAGUGGAUGGAAUAAAGAAGGGUACGAAAGAAGUCUUCGUACCCUUCUUUUUGGGGCAUUUACAUACAUACCACCCAAUUCCUAUGUAUUUACAUAUCCAACACCUAAACCCUACAUUUUGA